GUCCCUCGCAACCUAUUGAGCAGCUGCAGAACAGCUUCUUAAUGGGCUGACACGGGGGAAAAAUGAGUACAACGAUUUAACUCACAGCAGCGGUAUAUUCAGUGCAAGAAACUUGCGAUACACCAUACUACAGAAAUGUGGUCUGCUGUUUAAGGAACUGGCUUAAGGGGGAAGAUCUGAUUGCAUCUGUCCAACCACACGACGGGCAGCGCCCUUAUUCCGCGGUGCCCUCGACAACCGAAGGUAACGAAAUCUAGCCAUUCCAAAACGCGGCACCUGCCCGCCCGCGGCACCGCAAAUAACUCUCGUCGCUGUGAACAGUAAGCUUUUAUUUGCCAAAGGCGAACCAAGUCCCAACUGCCUCAGCGCCGAGACAGACGCAAAACGGCUCCACCCCUCCCUACCGUUGUUUUCUGGGCCCGUCCGUCUCUCUCACCUGAUGAUAUUAUCCGCAUAGAUUACUGCAUUCAUGCUUUUCCAUUGCUCCAGAGAUGUGUUAAGGAUGGCAUGCCUCCAUCACCACAGUUCCCAAAUGCAUCACUGUUUGAGGAUCAUUAAAAAAUGUAUGAGCACUAGUGCAAUUCCAUGCAGUCGAAGAAGGGUAGUUGUCACAGGUAUCGGUUUAGUGUCCCCUCUUGGUGUUGGAGCCCAGUGGGUGUGGAAUAGCCUUCUUCAAGGAAAUUGUGGGGUUGUUGCUCUUGAAGAGGAGGAAUAUUUGUCUAUUCCUUGUAAAGUGGCUGCUUGUGUGCCAAAGGGAGCUGGGGAAGGCCAGUUCCAUGAAGACACGUAUGUGUCAAAAUCGGAAAGCAAGGCUAUGUCUUUUGCCACCAUCAUGGCCAUAGCUGCUGCUGACCUCACCUUAAGAGACGCUGGCUGGUAUCCACAAUCUGAUCUGGAUUGUUUAAGGACUGGUGUGGCAAUAGGAAUGGGAAUGGUUCCCUUGGAAGAAAUUUCUGAUGCUGCCUUCAUGUUCAAAACGAAGGGUUACAAGAAAGUCAGCCCGUUCUUUGUUCCGAAGAUCUUGAUUAAUAUGGCAGCAGGCCACAUUAGUAUCAAGUACCAACUAAAAGGACCCAACCAUGCUGUAUCGACUGCUUGUACCACAGGAGCGCAUGCUGUUGGAGACGCCUUUCGCUUUAUAGCAUAUGGUGAUGCUGACGUAAUGCUGGCUGGAGGAACAGAGGCUUGCAUUAGCCCAUUAUCUCUAGCUGGGUUUGCUAGAGCUCGGGCUUUGUGUACUAGCUUCAACUCAAGCCCCAAACUGGCUUGCCGGCCAUUCCAUUCUUUGAGAGAAGGAUUUGUCAUGGGAGAAGGUGCUGCAGUUUUGCUUUUAGAAGAAUAUGAGCAUGCCGUACAGAGAGGAGCAAAACUAUAUGCGGAAAUUUUAGGCUACGGACUCUCAGGAGAUGCUAGCCACAUUACAGCCCCUAAUCCAGAUGGAGAUGGUGCCUUCAGAUGUAUGGCUGCAGCAAUAAAAGAUGCUGGAAUUUCUUCAGAAGAUAUAACAUACAUCAAUGCUCAUGCCACCUCCACUCCUCUAGGAGAUGCUGCAGAAAAUCAAGCGAUAAAAGGAUUAUUUAAAGACCAUGCCUAUUCUCUUGCUGUUUCCUCAACCAAAGGAGCAACAGGUCAUCUGUUGGGAGCUGCAGGAGCUCUUGAGGCAGCGUUUACUGCUUUGGCUUGUUUCCAUGGAAUUUUACCACCUACUCUCAAUCUGGAUCAGACUGAACCACCAUUUGAUCUCAACUAUGUUCCACUUACACCCCAAGAAUGGAGAAGUGAAAAACGGCGUAUUGCUCUCACUAAUUCUUUUGGCUUUGGUGGGACAAAUGCGACAUUGUGCUUUGCUAAUAUUUAGUAUUACAAUCAGUGUAGGGAAAAACAUAUAAGCCCAGUAUGCCUAGAUUCUCCCAUGCAUUCCUCUUUGUGGUCCUGAUUUGCGCAACUGAUAUGUUUGUGCUGUUUGCUUUUAGAUUUGCUCAACAUGUUGAAUUUCCAUCUUGGGUCCCCUUCUUCCACUAGAUCAAUAUAUUAGUCAACAAACCUGUUGUCCAAAUGAAAUUUUAGAGUCUGAGUCACAAAAUUAAGCUGUAACAGAAGUCCCAUUCAGAUAUUACAGCUUGAAGGCGAGAGGACUCUGACCAUGGCAGGGAUGAGGGCACACAUAAAUCUCACACCCAGUGUCCCCGCCCCCCACCUUUUGUCAGCCAUACCUUUGUGGAUGAAAGCCUUGAGGAGGUGUAUAUAAGCAUAUUGAACAAGCACAUCUCCAACCCCUCACACUCUUGUGCAUGGUUGAUAUGGGGCAGGGGACUUAACAUGAAUCUCUAUGUCCCCAACACCACUAGAGCCCUCUCCACUUUCAAGCUGAAAUGCCUAAAUAAGGCUCAUGUGAUGUAAAUAAUGGUCUAUAACAGAGUGACAUAAAUUUUUAUAUACUGGAAAGAUGCCCACCCUACAUUGGGCAACUAUGCUCCUGAAUUUAUUUCAUCUGCAUAGUUGAGAUGCGAAUGGCAAUGUCGCUGCUCUUUGAACAUGUCUCGCCAACAAAACCAUCAUAGGGAGGAGCAAAGUGGAAGAAAAUAAUUUAACUUCAGGUUAUAUUAACUCCAGCUUUGUACUUCACUGUAUGUUACAGUAGAGUGGUUUAACCAGUGCAUGUUUACUUCUUGUUCGCUUGUCGCAUGCUUAGACAAUAUGAGCUGCUGGCAUUUGUAUAGCAUCACUUGUUAAAACUCUCUGUGGCUCUGGUUGUUAAGUAAUAUUAAGUAGUAUUACUUGAGUUGUUGAAAGAGCACAACUCUCCUUUUCUUCCAAAGUGGCCUCCUAGCAAGUGCAGCCAUUUGUGGUCUCUGCUAUUCUCCCUUUCUUUUCCUAUUUAUUAGAGGAAGAGGGACAAACUGCCCAUCGUUCUUCGCCUGUGGCUUCUCUUACCUUUUCUUGCCUGCUCUCCAGCUUGUUGCACUACUGCAAAAUCUCUUAAGGAUUUUUUCUAAUCGAGUGAAGACUCAUGUGCUAUCAAAAGUCCUAGAUCAGGAUGGGCAACUGUGGCUCUCCAAAUGUUGGUAGAUUGUCACUCCCAUGAUCCUAGCUAGAGCUGAUGGAGAUGGCAGUCCAACAACCUCUGAAGAUCACAGUGCCCCUCCACCCUGAUAUAAGACUCUUGACUAAUUCCUGCAACAAGCAAGGUCCUUUUAACCACUGAGAUCAGAACUUUAAAAUGCUUCCAUUUCUAAAGUGCAAAUUUUUGGAACUCUGUAGAGUCCAUAUAAAUACAAUAGAUGAUUACAUACGGCAGGACAAAGUGUACUCACCUCUUUAAUUUUUCACUGUAAUUGUAAAAAAAUAAUAAAUCCUCAACAAAUUUGACCAUGAAUGACUCAAUGGGAUGGAAAAUUAAUUACUUCUGUUGUUUUUGAGUUAGCAUGUCUAAUGUGAAAAUGAUUACCUAAAAGCUGUGUUGUUCACAACAUCAAAGAAGUACAUGUAGGUCAUCUGCUUUUCCCGAAAGCAGAUAAUUUUUACGUGGUCUAUUGUUGUUUGUUUAUGCCCUACUCAAAAGUAUUGGCUGUUACCACAUUAUUAAGUCUUUAUUUGUGCCUUAGAUAUUGGUGGCAGCCUGCCCAAAUCCUUGAUAUAUGCUUUCAAGUAACACCUUUUUGACUAAGCAGGAGGUCUUAUGUACUGGGCUUAUAUAUUGUUCUUGGAAUCAAAGCCCUAAAAUGUCUUUUCAAUUAAGCUAAAAUUGAGGUGGGUAACUUGUUGCUAUCCUAUGGACUACAACUCCAAUUGACCCUAGCCAACAAUAACAGGAGAUGCACUCUGCCAGCAUCUGAAGAAUCAGAAGUGACCCACACCUGAGUUAAAUACAUGAAAGUAAAUUCUAACUGCACAACCCAACUGUUCUUCCUGUGCAGCAAAGUGAGUGAGCAUAAGUGACUCAUGACUAAAGCAAAGAGGGGUGGCCCCUGAAAUUUGGGAGGCAAGACACUACUGAGUAUGCUUAGUCUGCAAGCCAUCCUUGUGAAUGACCGUGUUUUUGUCAUAAGAACAUAAGAGGAGCCCUGGUGGA